CCAUUUUCAUUCUGCGAUAGACGUAUGUUAUUUUUGUCUCGAUCUUACAGGUCACUUGGACUGUUUGUAUUUAGUGUGUUUUACCUGAAAGUAAAGGCUAUAUUAUUCACUAAAGGGUGUUUCUAGAGUUGCCUGUACAGUGCUACCAACAUGCAGUCUUGAGUUCCCACUCUGUCUCAUCGCUCUCGCCAUUGGAUAUAUAUUAUACAGAGAUUUUCUACACUGCCAGUUUCCCUCAACGUGGGCUUGACUUAUCUAUGGCGGACUGUGACAAGUUUUCAGAGGCAACUUUCAACAUGAAUUCACCUCAAGAAGAAAAGGCUCAUGGUCAACAACCUGACCCAGAUGCUAUAAAAAUGUUUGUCGGACAGAUUCCCAGAUCAAUGGAUGAAAAUGACCUCAGAGAAUUUCUUGAAGAGUUUGGUCCAGUGUAUCAGUUGAAUGUGUUACGAGAUAAAGUUACAGGACAGAGUAGAGGUUGUUGUUUUGUUACAUAUUACACAAGAAAAGCUGCGUUACAAGCUCAGAAUGCUCUACAUAAUGUCAAAACGAUGCCAGGGAUGCAUCAUCGUAUACAAAUGAAGCCAGCAGACAGUGAAAACAGAAAUGUAGAAGAAAGAAAAUUAUUUGUGGGGAUGAUCUCAAAGAAAUGUAAUGAAGGAGAUAUACGUCUUAUGUUUGCUCCAUUCGGGUCAAUAGAAGAGUGUACUGUACUGAGAGAUGCACAAGGUGUUAGUAAAGGUUGUGCAUUUAUUACAUUUUCAUCAAAACAGAGUGCAUUGAAUGCAAUUCAAAACAAACAUCAAUCGGUCACAAUGGAGGGUUGCUCGUCGCCACUUGUAGCAAAGUUUGCUGACACACAGAAAGAGAAAGAGGCGAAACGCAUACAACACCAAAUGGGCAACACCGGUAUGUGGGGUGUGACUGUGCCCAAUUCAGUGACAGGGCUAAAUGCUUUAGGGCCUCAGUACUUAGCGAUCGCUGUCUCGCCACAAACAUCUGAACUGGGAACAUCUCAGUAUCAAACAAGCCAAUCAGCACUGUUUCAGUUGAUGCAUCAAGCAGCUGCCACUGGCAACGUCCCAGCAUUCAAUAACAUACAACAAAUAGCAGCUCUCAGUGCAAUGGGUAUGCCACAGUUAGCAGCAUUGGCAGCAGUCAGUCAACAACAACAAGCAGCGUCACCGGCUGCAGGAGCCACAGGAAACACAAACACAUCGGUUUCAGGCAAUUCUGCUUUAGCAGGAUUGUCACCAUCAGCAUUGGUUGCUGCAGCCAAUCAGCUACAGCAAGCUGCGGUUCAAGCUGCCGCCGCAGCAACCACACCUGGCAACACAGCUAGCACAGGAAAUACACUGCCCACAUCAGGUAACACUACUGCCCCGAGUGUCACCAGUGCUGCCACUAUGGCUCAGGCCAUCGCUGCUGGACUUGGUGGAAAUCUACAAAGUUUAACAGGUUCCACAGGCAAUCUUGGUGGCCUCACAGGUGAAUUAACUGCACACAGGCAUGCACAAUUAGCAGCAACAGGUCUUGCAGGCGAUAGUCCAACUUCCAAUUGUACUAAUAAUGGUAGUAAUUUGAUUGCUGCUGCUGGACUAGCUAGUGGAUUACAGGGCUUAAGUGGAUCAACAGGCUUACCAGGGAGUGGAGUUGCAGGAUCCAUGAAUGGACUAGGAUCAACAGGGUUAAAUUCUAAUUUAUCUGGCAAUGCUGUGGACAUGAAUGCUUUAUCGCAGGCCUACUCUGGGAUUCAGCAGUAUGCAGGUUAG